AUAGAGGAUGAGAUAGGGAGGGAGGAGAGGCUGUGAUUCAGCAUAGCAUCGCUCGCAAGGACACAUAGACGCGGCUUCUAUCAGAGCAUCACUAACGCCACAUUAGUGUGAGGAAAAGGCAGCGAUUGAUUUGCCAUGAGAACCCCUUUGCUAUAAACCCCACUUAAUCUGCUACUCCCAUCCCCAUCCUCACAAGGGAAGGAGGUUCUUUCGCAUUUGGGGGUUCGCUGUCUGGAGAAAGGGGGGCACUGACAGCUGAAGGGGGAAAUAAGGAGCACAUACCCCCCAUACCGCACCGUUUGGUGUCGCCUGCUGGAUUUCCUAUUUAUAAGAGGCGUUUUUUGGGUCUCUGCCAUGGACUUGGGGGUCUCUAACUUUGCGGGUACGGAGGAUCAUGCAAGUAGUGAACUGUGCAGUCACACUCGGGAGUGAGAGACUUACUGGGGGGACCGCAGGCGUAUCUACAUCUAACAACUCACACCAGAACUGUCCCAGUCAGCUCACAGGCAUGAGCCGCACACACAUGUACAAAGCUGACAUACCGUCACUGGCAAAUAACAGUGCCCGGCUGUAAGUAAAGGCUUAAAGUAGCACCCACCACAGUCAGCAGCAGCACCUUGCAUACAUACACAGCACCCCUGGCCGCCCCGGGAGAUAGGAGCACCCUCAUGUGAUGCACACUUGAGAUAAGGCCUUGCAGACCAUCUUCCUCUCCUCUGUUGGAAUUAUCUGUGUGAAAUUGCACCUGACAGAGUGUAUGAUUGGCUGCCGAGGGAAAAGGAUUUGUCAACUUUGUUUGCCGAUCAAUUUUUGUCUGUCCGACUCAUUAAGGUGAGUCCAGGAUCCAGUAUGACUCUACAACUUCCAUCCUGUCUGUGUCCCAUCCUUCUGAUUGUUGUUGGCUCCAUUUUGUCUGGCUCAGCAUCAGGUUGCCCCCAGCGCUGUGAUUGCUCUCCUCAGGACCGUUCUGUGCUUUGCCACCGCAAACGUUAUCUUGAUGUCCCUGAGGGCAUUCCCACAGACACACGUUUGUUGGAUCUCAGCAAGAACCGUAUCAAAGCUCUCAACCAGGAUGAGUUCUCUGCCUUCCCAUAUCUAGAGGAGCUGGAGCUCAAUGAGAACAUUGUGAACAUAAUUGAACCAGGAGCAUUCAAUGGUCUAUUUAAUCUCCGGUCACUGGGACUGAGAAGUAAUCGUCUCAAACUAAUCCCUCUAGGUGUCUUUACAGGGCUUAGUAACCUAACCCAAUUGGACAUCAGCGAGAAUAAAAUUGUGAUACUGUUAGAUGACAUGUUCCAGGACCUUUACAACCUCAAGUCUCUUGAAGUUGGCGAUAAUGAUCUGGUUUAUAUCUCCCACCGUGCCUUUCGCGGUCUUAAUAGUUUGGAAGAGUUGACAUUAGAGAAGUGCAACCUCACCUCGGUGCCCACAGAGGCACUUUCCCACCUUCAUGGCCUCAUAACCCUGAAACUUCGAUAUCUCACCAUCAAUGUUAUUAGAGAUUACUCUUUCAAAAGGCUGUACCGGUUAAAAAGCCUGGAGAUAGCACACUGGCCAUAUCUAGACGCCAUGACAUCUAAUAGCCUUUAUGGACUUAACUUAACUUCUCUUUCAAUUACACACAGCAAUCUUAGCGCUAUACCUUAUGUCUCAAUUCGUCAUCUUGUUUAUCUCCGUUUCCUCAAUCUCUCCUACAACCCUAUUACAGCUGUGGAGGGUUCCAUGUUGUAUGAGUUGCUAAGACUGCAGGAAUUUCACCUAGUAGGUGGUCAACUGUCUGUGGUGGAACCGUAUGCUUUCCGUGGUCUCAACCACCUGAAGGUGCUCAAUGUCUCAUUUAACUAUCUAAAUACACUAGAAGAAUCCUCUUUUCAUUCUGUGGGCAACCUGGAAACACUCAUACUGGACAAAAAUCCAUUGGCAUGUGACUGCCGACUUUUGUGGAUCUUUCGACGACGCUGGAGGCUUAACUUCAGCCGACAGCAGCCCUCCUGUUCCAGCCCAGAAUAUGUACAAGGGAAGGAGUUCAAAGAUUUCCCUGAUGUCCUUCAGCCCAACUAUUUCACAUGCCGGCGUGCUCGCAUUCAGGACCACAAUGCACAAGUAGUAUAUGUGGAUGAGGGUCACACAGUACAUUUUUUCUGCCGAGCAGAUGGAGACCCUCCACCAGCCAUUCUGUGGCAGUCUCCACGAAAGACAUUUAUCACCAGCAAAAGUAAUGGACGUCUGACUGUAUUUCCAGAUGGCACACUGGAGAUACGCUAUGCUCAGGUACAAGAUAAUGGGACAUAUCACUGCAUAGCUAGCAAUGCAGGUGGCAAUGACACCUCCUUGGCCCAUCUCCAUGUUCGAAGCUACUCUCCUAACUGGCCUCACAAACCCAACAAGACCUUUGCUUUUAUGUCCAAUCAACCAAAUGAGAGUGAUGUGAACAGCACCCGAGCAAGUGUCCCCUUUCCAUUUGACAUAAAGACUUUGAUUAUUGCCACAACAAUGGGUUUCAUCUCCUUCCUGGGUGUAGUCCUCUUUUGCUUGGUCUUGCUUUUCUUAUGGAGCAGGGGUAAGGGCAACACCAAACACAACAUUGAGAUAGAGUAUGUACCGCGAAAGUCUGAUGCUGGACUCUCCUCAGCAGAUGCCCCUCGCAAAUUCAACAUGAAGAUGAUCUGAUGUUGAGAAUCAUUGGGGGGAAGUGGGAAACAGGGUAAUAUGGGCAGGUAGUGGAAUGCACGGGACUCGUUCUUGCCCCAUCUCUUUUGCUUAACCUUUUGAGGCCACGCUAUAUGACUUCCUGAAGGAUGGAGCAUUAGUGACAGGGAUUCCUUGAGCUGUUCUUGUUGGCCUGCAGCAGCUGCCAGUUUUGCGAAUGACCUUUGCACUUUUAACCCUGUGAAUAUGAUCCCCAAUCUUCUCCAUAUUUCAGAGUGCCCACCUGUUACCCACCCACACACCCUGUUGCUGAUAUGGGGGCAUGAGGGUGCAAUAAAUAAAGAGUAUGAGGCAGUGCAAAGACUUUUAACUGUCUGAAAGAGUAAGUUGAAAUAUAGGCGGAAUUGGGAGGGCAAAAUUGACUACAGUACUGAACUUUGACCUCUGUAUCUUCUCCUGAUUUCAAUACCUGUGAUUUUUAUGGAAAAAAAAGAAAGAAAUAUUAUUGAAAAAAUAAAGAAAAACUGGAAAAUGCCAAAAGACGUGACACUGCAACAAUCACAUAAUUUUUUAAUGAACAGAUGUGUAGCCUACUAUUCUAUAAGGGGAAAGGGGGUUAUAAGAGGGGGAAGCUAUGCAGUGCCUACAUUACAGAGAAAGUGAUUUUCUAUAACAAAAAGAGGGCAUAUAACAGCUCAACAGAUCAACACACAUUAGGUAGUCUUUAUUAUCUGUUAUUAAUUUCAACUUCUGCCAUAAUACUUGUAAUACUACAAGUUGUAGUGCAAUACUGCUAGUUUGACAUCCCUAAAAGAAGCUCUAAAGAAAGGUAAAAGCAAUAUGCGUGUGUGUAUUCAUUUUAUAGAGCAAUAUGAAGCAGUGGUUGUAGUUAUUGGAACAUUGAAUUGCAUUAAAAGCUCUAUGCAUGCAAACCACAAAAACCUCUGGGAGUCGUCCAUGUUUGAGCUGUUAAGGCCCACAAUGGUCAGCUCCCAGACAGGUUUUUUGCAGGAUUUGCAGAGAUACACUGAAGUAAUUAUUUGCAUGGCUUGACAAUAAGGUGAAAUAGGCAUAGAUGGUGGUAUUAAUUAAGAAGAGCAUCUGGUAGACUUGUAAAACUUAAUUAUGCAAAGCAAAAGUCAGAAAUUUAGAAAGUAAUUAUAUGCUGCAAUAAGAAAACUUGUAAGGUUUAAUAAGGGCUAGGGAAGGGUUUUGUCUGUCAACCUGGAGGACAGGCAUGGAACACAAAAAUCAAUGGAAUGAGUUUUUACACACAGCUAUAUAAAAUAUUUAUAAAGAAAUGGGAGUAAUAUGAUAUACAUAUAUGUGUAUCAUUAGAAUACCUUGUAGAGUCUUAUGGGGAAUAUUUAUUAAAGAGUGCAAAUAGAACCACAGGUUGCCAGAGAUAAAUUUCAAAUUUUUCUGUACACUUGUGUUAGAUUUUUAGUGACAUGUAUUUAUCACUUUAAUGAAUAUUCCUCUAAAAGUGAAUACAAUUUGAGAGUUAUCAUUCUGGACCUGAAGGUAAGUGCAGGGAAUGUCUCUCACUAAGUACUGGAAGCUGUAAAUUUAGCAUUUAGUUUUAAGUGUUAAGGUGGAUUUAUAGUCUGCUCAGCUCUGCAGCUGGUGUCUGGGAGUUCAGAAUAGCAGAGAUUAUGAGUCUCAAUAGGAAAGGGUGUGUUAUCAUGUGUAAAAUGCAAGGACUGGAGAGCUGAAGGGCACAAAUUGUACACCAUAGGACAUCUGUAAAGCUGUCCCCAUGUGCAGAGUGCAUCUCACACAGAUACAAGAGAGACAUGUACUUUAUAUGCAAGUGGAAAGUUCAGGGCUCUCUUUUGCUGUGCAAAGUAGGGGCAUGCCAAGGACACCCAUGUGCCACCCUGCAUACAUAAACAGGCACAACUCUGCAAGCACUAAGAGUUGUGCAUUUGAGAAGCGGUGCAUCACCCAGGGGACAAAAACAUGGUGAUGGAAAGUAAUUACAUGGAACAACAAGAGAAGGUCCAGAGAAGGUUUCUGCAGUAGCAAAUUGGAUAAUACUGGGCAAUGUCUAAAAACAUUAUUUCAGGUCUGUAAAUUGUUACCAACAAACCCUUAUUUGGCUUGAGAUAAAAUCCUGUAUUCCUACCUUUUUUGUGGUAAUGCUGGCUUUUAUUUUUCUGUGAAUGUGCAUAGACAUGAAUGUGUUAAAGAAGGUAUUUUUCUGCCAGAAGAGCUAUAAAAUAUCGCAACUGAUGUUCUAUAAUGAGUGAAGCAAAAUAAGGAAGCGUGGCUCUCAGUUUCGAGGGGUUAUGAAGAGAGUUCACAUGUACAACAAAGCAUGGCAUAUGGAAGAAUAGCAAGCUAAAUUGUUCCUAGCUCCAAGUAACAAAACAAAAAAUGCAGUUAUAGGGAACAGCUAACUCGAGCAAGAGCUGGAUUGGGAAGAGAUAAACACCGAAUAAUUGUGCGUUAAUUCAAGAUGGAUUUAUUUUGGGUAAGAGGGCAACAGCAAGAGAUUUUACCAUAUAAUUUCUCCAUUCUGAUUUAUUACAGUGAGGUUUAUGAUUAUUCCUAGGAAUUCCCCAGUGAGAAGACUGAGAGCUCCUUGCUUGCUGCCAGACUAGCGUUUCACUUCAUUACCUUCAGACAGUAAACAGGUCAGAACGCUAAUUGUGGGUGUGUCCGGGAGAGAUUUGCCAUUGACAAGCUGGAUCUACUGAUUACACUGUGUUUAUGUAGAACUGUACUGGGGAGAGGCCUCGUGUACAAAUCAAUUUAAAAUAACUGCUGGUAAUUUACCAAGCAAAAUGCUAAUAAGGUUUUGGAGCUAGUUCAUACAUAAUGAGAACCAUUUCUAUGGCAAACAUACACAAUUCAUAUGAAGCACCUCCUGCUCUGAUAUGUAUAAUUUACAGCCAGUGGUUUUAUGUUGAAGCUAAAGAUUAGGAAACAUUAAGGGGGUAAUGUAAUAAAAUUUGCAAAGAGAACAAAUUUGCAAAUAAAAAUUUACAUAUCGCAAUGUAAUAUUGUUUAUUAGGCUUUUAUUGCAUUGUGAAUCGUAAUUGCGCAUUGCAAAGCUUUAACACGUGCUUUAAGGUGGCAUAAGUUUUAUUAAAUACACUGCACACUGGCGCAAACUAUA